AUGUCUGCAGAUCAUUCGAGAGAUCCAUGUCCUAUCGUUAUCCUAAAUGAUUUUGGUGGUGCUUUCGCCAUGGGUGCCAUUGGUGGGUGCGUUUGGCAUGGUAUUAAAGGUUUUAGAAAUUCUCCAAUGGGUGAACGUAGAAUUGGUGCUAUGAGUGCACUAAAAGCUCGUGCCCCUGUUGUUGGUGGUAAUUUCGGUGUAUGGGGUGGUCUUUUCUCAACUUUUGAUUGUGCUGUUAAAGCUGUUAGAAAGAGAGAAGAUCCAUGGAAUGCUAUAAUAGGUGGUUUCUUUACAGGUGGUGCUCUUGCCAUUAGAGGUGGUUGGAAACAUACGAGAAACAGUGCAAUUACUUGUGCAUGUCUAUUAGGUGUUAUCGAAGGUGUUGGUCUAAUGUUCCAAAGGUAUGCCGCUUGGCAAGCAAAGCCAAUGGCUCCACCUUUGCCAGAAGCUUCACCACAACCUCAACCUUUGCAAGCUUGA